AUGCACAGCAAUUCCCAGCAGCAGCAGCCAGAUCCUCAUGUGCAGCAGCAGCAGGAUCAGCAGCAGGAUCAUCAUCAGCAGCAGCAGCAGGAUCAGCAGCAACAGCAGCAGCAGCAGCAGCAGCAGCAGGAUCAACAGCAGCAGCAGCAGCAGCAGCAGCAGGAGCAGCAGGAAGAGGAGAAUUUCGGGCCCCCUUCACUACGACUAAGUAGAGUUGUGCUGCUGAAUAAAGUAACUCGCUUUGAGGUCUCUCUCGCAGAGAAGAUGGCAGCGUGGAGGCGGCAGCACCUCUCCAGAAGCAGCAGCAGCAGCAGCAGCAGCAGCAGCAGCAGCAGCAGCAGCAGGAGCGGUGUUGGGGGAGGUGAUGAAGGAGGAGAAACAGGUGCAGCAGCAGCAGCAGCAGCAGAAGGAGAAGCAGCAGCAAAGGAUGAAGAGUGUGAUGGUUUAUAUACACCUGGAAGUAGAGCGUACGAAGCAGCAGCAGCAGCAGCAGAAGCAGCAGCAGCAGCAGCACUUGCUAGCGACUUCCCCACAGCGUAUAGGACCCAUAUACUGCAUCAAGCAGCAGCAGCAGAGCUGCAUAGACAGCUCAGAGAUGUCUACGGUUUGCAUGUUACACUUAUUAAAGCACGUACUCUUCAAGGCCUUCGUCUUUCGCGCAGCAGAGAGGCAGCCCUGCCCCCAGAUGCAGUUAUUUCUGCCGGGUUUAUUGCUAGGGUUUAUGAUUAG